CCUUUUGAGAGCAAAGGUGAGCACAGACUGACGGCCUUACUUGUUGGGCAAAGUCCAUCGUCCUUGCGGUGAAAUAAGCCUUAAGGUCACGAUGAGUUUUACCAAAAGUCGAUUCUUAGCUGUGGGACAGCAGUGUGUGAAGAUGGCGAGCAGGGCAGCAAGCGGAGGUAAGCUGGCGGGGAAGGUAGCUGUUGUUACCGCCUCAACUGACGGGAUUGGACUGGCGAUAGCGCGUCGUCUCGGCCAGGACGGAGCCAAGGUUGUCAUCAGCAGCCGUAAGGAGAAGAACGUCCAGCGAGCCUUACAGGAACUCCAGGGGGAAAACCUGGAUGUGACGGGGAUGGUGUGUCAUGUGGGGAAGGCAGAGGACAGGAAAAACCUCAUCCAGCAUGCCGUUGACAAGUACGGAGGCCUAGACAUUCUGGUUUCCAAUGCUGCAGCCAACCCUGCAUUCGGACCCAUGUUGGACACAACAGAGUCUGCUUGGGACAAGAUCUUUGACACAAAUGUGAAAGCUGCAUUUUUCCUGGCCAAGGAUGCCGUGCCUCACAUGGAGAAGAGAGGUUCCUGUGUUCAGACGAUGCUGCUUACAUCACGGGAGAAACCAUCGUCAUGUCAGGGGGGAUGCUAUCCAGGCUGUGAAGACUUUUAAUUGUUGAGUAGAAUAAAAACAAUGAAAUGGUGUUGCCAAAUAAUAGUUGGUAAAUCAACUGGAUAUGAUUUUGGAAAUGGAAAGACAUUUCAGAUAGCAUGCACUAUCUUUCGUCAGUGGCAAUGAGGAAAUCUGUUGAAGAGUAUGUUUUAUACCCUAACUAUAAAUUGAUAUGCAAAGAGUUAGAGUAUAAAUCAUUUCAUAUUUAGGGUAUAAAACCCGCUCUUCAAAAAGAUUUGCUCAGUGACACGAAAUGUAGUGGAUGCAACUUGAAAUAUAUGACCAU